GCUGUACAAUGUUGGCUGCUUCGAGGAGAGCAGAUACACCUCACUGGCUGUUAGCUUCUUAAAGACUUGGAAAUCCUUGAAGCAAUAUGGAAUCCUGCCAGGACAGUGAAUACUGGGACAGCCUCGUACGAACAUGCAUUUCAUGUAAAGAUAUGUGUCACCAGCGCAUUGUAAAAGCUAAAUGUGCACCAUUUUGUGAGGCUCUGAGGUGCACAAACACAGCUGGCAGUUACUAUGACACGCUACUGAGGAAGUGCAUCAACUGCGCAGAAGUGUGUGGGCAGCACCCAGUGCAGUGUGGAGCUGCCUGUCAGGCAAGCACAGCUGCAGCAGCAGGAGCUCCGUCAGUGUGGCCCCCCACAAGGAGAGCACUGGAGCUGCAGCCAGGGAGGGCGGUGAGGCCUGUGCUGGAGCACUACCAUGCAGCCCUCAUCUACUCCCUGCUCGGUGUCUGCCUCAGUGUCCUCCUCUUCACCCUGUUCAUGGCUCUGCUCGUGAUGCUGAGGAAGAGGAGGGGGGAGGCGUGCCACAGGAAGGAGGCCACUCGGCACACCCCUGCCUCUUCCAAAGCUUGUUUAAUGGAAUCCGGCAGUCUGCAAGGGAGUCUGAGUGGAAGAGGAACCCCCGAGACUGUGGGGACCUGCAGCUACUGCUUUCCUGAGCUAGCAGCAACGGAGACAGCACCUCAGAUCCCCAGACACACCGGACUGGCAGCGAUGGAGACAGCACCUCAGACCCCCAGACACACCGGACUGGCAGCGAUGGAGACAGCACCUCAGACCCCCAGACACACCGGACUGGCAGCGAUGGAGACAGCACCGCAGGCACACAGACACACCGGACUGGCAGCGAUGGAGACAGCACCGCAGACACACAGACACACCGGACUGGCAGCGAUGGAGACAGCACCACAGACACACAGACACACCGGACUCUACCAGCAGGCAGCAGCCACCACGGCUUCAUCCAUGUAUCGCAGCGACAGAACACUUAAUAUUAUUUGUUCCCCGACACAACCUACCACUUAG